AUGGUGAACUAUCGACUCUCAAUUCUACUAUUCAUAUUUUUAGUCUAUUCAAUUUCCACAAUCGAAGAUGAUUUGUUUUCAAAUAACAUUACCACACAAAAAUCAGGUAUGUACGUAUAAAAUACAUAAUAAUUAUAAUAUACAUAUUGCAUAAUAUAAUAUCAUUUUUUGUGAUGUGAGAGAGCGAGAAAAUUGAAUAAAAUGAAAUGAAUAAAUCUCAAAAAAAAACCAGUUUUGAUUAUGUUUCACUGCAAUUAAAAAAUUGACAUUGAUUGCGUUUUUUUUUAUUGAAUGGGGGUCAAGUUGAAUAACCGGAAAGUUUUGGGUUAGAGCAUUUUAGAAUAAUAUGGUAAUAGCAUUUAUGAAAAAAGUUUACUAGGGUAAAUCUCCAGUCUCGACAUUUUUCAAAAAAUUUGAGGUCUUGGUCAUAAAAUCGUGUCAGGAUGAAAAAUUGCCAAAAAUGUUGAGAAAUGUGAUUUUUUUUACAAAAUGAAAUUAUUGUGAAGAAUAUAACCCUACCCUAAAAUCUUAAAAAUGCCCAAAAAGUAUUCCUAAAUUAUUUCAGACAAACCUCAACAUGGUGUAGAUUUUCUUGGACCUCGAUGGCUUUCUCGAACCUAUAAAAUCACAUGUUGUCGACGUGGCACACCGAUUGCUGAAAAUCCAAAACUUGUGAGCAAUUGGACUGAAACCGCAUCCGAUUAUGCGAUCGAUGAAAAACUACUUGGAAGUGAACAAGAUGAUCAUUGUCGAGUUUUUCAAGGAACAUUUCUUUUAUCCGCUGCCGCAUUAUAUAAUUCGAGUUUUAUGGGUUAUGGUGUGCAAUGUAAAUGUCCUGAAUCGACUUCUUCUCAACUCGAUCAACAUUGUCGACAACUUCCCGCUUGUCAAAAUGGCGGAUAUCGAAGUCAAUCAAUGGGAAGAAGAUGCUCAUGUCCACAACCAUAUUUUGGAGAAUAUUGCGAGAAAAUGUGUGAUCAAGGACAAGUUUUAGUAGGUAGGUGAUAUUUUAUCAUAAUUUUUCUGUGAGGAAAAUAUAUAUCUGUACUAAAAAUUCAUUUUUUUUUCUAGGAAUCGACGGGCAUAAUUAUUGUAGCUGUUUACCAUUUUAUCAAGGAGAAACUUGUGCGGAUUUAGUUUGUUUGAAUGGUGGAUUUGAAAUGCGUGGAAGAUGUAGUUGUCCUCACAAUUUUUUGGGUUAUCAUUGUGAAAUUGACACAAAUCGAACAAGAGCGAAUUCGAGGUUUCAAAGAUAUGGCCAAAAUUCCAAUGAGGUAAGUUUUUAUCUAAUUUGAUUCGAGUUUUCGAAUCGGACCUAGCUUGGGGGAAUAAUUCUGCAUUGGACCACGUUUUUUGUCUAAAAUAUUCUGAUUUUAUUCUAAAUAAAUAAAUGGCAUCCAGGUCCUAUUCUGAAGCUUCCAAUAUUUUACAAACCUAUUCAUUUUUCAGGGCGGGGAAUUAUUCAGUCGAGAUAUAUCUGGAACCGUAUUCAGCCUUGUUAUGAUAAUUGUAUUAGUUGUUUCUAUGUAUCUAUUAAUGAAACAUCGAAUGCAAGUUCAAUCGCAAUUCACAAAUUCGCGAAGAGAUGAAAUGACUCGAGCCGCUGCGAUUUAUGGAUUGGAUCGAAAUGGAGCACCUGGAACUAUGACCACAAUUAGUCGAGAUGAUUUGAGAAUUUUGCCAUUUGUUGCGGCUGGAAUUCAACCACCUCCACCAUAUGCAGUUGGAAGACCGAGACGAAAUGAUUCUUCACUUCCGCCAUUGCCAUCUUAUGAAGAUGCCACCAAGGAUACGGUUAUUGGGUGAGUUUUUUGGGGAAGGGGGUUUUUUUUUUUGAAAAGUUCUGAACAAAAGUAGACAUUUGAUGAAAUUGAAAAUUCAAACAGUGUUUAUUUUUCUUAUUUGAAUCUAAAGAUUAAAAAUAUUAUUUUUUGAUCAGUAGAUUAUUAAUGCAUUACUUUAAUGUGAUGCUGAAAACUUGAAAAUAAUGUUUGGAGUUUUGAAAAAUUCUACAAAAAAACUAAAGUUUCUUACAAUUAAAGAAUAAUCAUCGAUUUUAUAACCUAAAAAAUAUCGUUUUUCUAAUUUUUUUUUCUUUUUUGUUGGUUUUCAAAAAUAAUUUUUGUUUAUAUUUUUUGUUUGAAAAUCCAAAAAUAAUUUUUUUACAAAAAAAUAUUCAAAGAACCCUCAAGCCUAUAAUAUUCAAAGAACCCUAAAGUAUUUGAAAAUGUUCCGGUUAUAGAACCGCCGCCAAUGUUCCGCCGCUAACUUCAAACAACAUUGAAAUGCAACCAACAUCCACAAACACACCGACAAGUUCAACUCCUCCUCCACCAUUUGAUGGUGAAGAACACCAACAUCCACCAUCUCCUGCGAGAAUUGAACGAAAUGUAUCAACUAGACGAAGUCUUUAA